AUGGCACAAGCACAGAACAUCUCCAGGGCUCCUGAGUCCGAACUGUCGGUCUCACCAUCAGCUGCCACAUUUCACUCCCCGCUAUCCAGCUUUGGCGGGGUACUUCCCCAGCGAGCUCAGCCCAAGCAACUUAAGCCUUUUAAUACUCAAGAUAUUAAAAUUCUCUUGCUUGAAAAUGUCAACCAGAGCGGCAGGGAUAUUUUGACUGGUCAGGGUUACCAAGUCGAAUUCCACAAGAGCUCAUUGCCUGAAGAUCAGCUCAUAGAGAAGAUCCGGGAUGUUCAUGUCGUUGGCAUUCGCUCCAAAACCAAGUUAAACGAGAAAGUCCUUCGCGAGGCCAAGAACCUCUUAGUGAUUGGCUGUUUCUGCAUUGGCACGAACCAGGUGGACUUGGAAUAUGCUGCUCAUCAUGGCAUUGCCGUCUUCAAUUCGCCAUUUGCAAACUCUCGUAGUGUGGCCGAGCUCGUCAUUGCCGAGAUUAUAUCUCUGGCCCGCCAAUUGGGCGAUAGGUCCAAUGAGAUGCACAAGGGUAUCUGGAACAAAGUAAGCAACAAGUGCUGGGAGAUUCGUGGCAAGACUCUUGGAAUCAUCGGAUAUGGACAUAUUGGUUCACAGUUGUCCGUCCUUGCGGAAGCCAUGGGGAUGUCGGUUAUUUAUUACGAUGUCGUGAACUUGAUGGCACUAGGCACAGCUCGACAAGUACCCAAACUAGAGGACCUCCUGAGAGAGGCCGACUUUAUAACUCUGCACGUCCCGGAGCUACCCGAAACUAAGAACAUGAUCUCUGCAGCGCAACUCAAGCAUAUGAAAGACGGCUCGUACCUUAUCAAUGCUAGCCGUGGAACUGUGGUUGAUAUCCCCGCCCUAAUCAACGCUAUGCGCAGCGGCAAGAUCGCAGGAGCCGCAUUAGAUGUUUACCCGAGCGAACCGCGCGCAAACGGCGAUUAUUUCAUUAACAAUCUGAAUGGCUGGGAAGAGGACCUUCGUAGCCUGAACAACAUCAUCCUCACCCCUCACAUUGGUGGCAGCACCGAAGAAGCCCAGAGAGCAAUCGGCGUAGAAGUCAGCGAUGCUUUAGUUCGAUAUAUCAACCUGGGCCUUACCUUAGGCAGCGUAAACAUGCCCGAGGUCAACAUGCGUCUGCUAACGUUAGAGGAGCCUAACCACGCACGAAUCAUUUACAUCCACAAGAAUGUGCCCGGUGUUCUUCGUAAAGUGAACGAAAUUCUCGGUAACCACAAUGUCGAUAAGCAAAUUAGCGACAGCAAAGGAGACCUUGCCUACCUUAUGGCGGACGUUAGUGACGUCCAAACGAGCGAUCUAAAGGAGAUCCAAGAUUCGCUCGAAGCAUUGAGCUCCCGUGUUAUGACCCGCGUACUGUAUUAG